AUGUCUAAUACCGCGCAUUUUAAUCCAUGGUUCCAAGAAAUUGGUGAAUAUAGAAAGCAGUGUUUCAGGUCUCAUACAGAUAUCCGCCCUUACAACUGCAAAGAGUGUAACUUUUCAUUCAAAACAAAAGGAAACUGGACAAAACACCUUAACUCCAAGACUCAUCGGAAACGUUUGGUGCAAGGUUCUGGAAACGAUAGUGAGAAUGACGACGGGUUAGUGAUAGCCAGUCCAGAUGAUGACGUUGAACAAUGUUGCCCGUAUAACGAAAUGGACUCUUUGUUAAAUAGAUCCAGCUCUGAUGAAGAAGCUGAUGAUCACUUGCCAUUACCACAAGAGGCCGCUGAAGUCAUACUUUUUGAGCGUAUGGCGCACACACCACCGUCAAGAUGGAUGCUUGCUGAUGAAGAGGUUGAUAAUAGAUGGCCCGAUUCUGAGCGAACGCGGAAUUGUAGCUCAGCUCCGCCAUCAGCUGCGAGUCCAGUCAAAGAGGAUGCCAAAGAGGAGCUUAUGGCAUCUUCAACAAUGUUGUCUUCUUUGGCGGUGUCUGUAAUUUUAACGCUGUGUCCCACGUCAGGAUCUCACGUACAGCAGCUGCAGCAUAACCAUGUUGUACAGCAGCCAACUACAUCGAUCUACUCAUAUUCUUCCAGAGAGGUGAGUCAUGUUGGUGCUUUCAAGCUUAUCUGCUAA